CUGAAAAUGACACUAUCUUACUUUAAUUUUAGACCUGAUGGAAGAGAACGAGGAGAGUGAAGAACUGAGUGAAGCUGAGGAGAAACAUCAUGUCAAAACUGGUGAAAAAUCGAAGAGUCGAAGAAGAGUCCAAAAGUCUUUAACCUGCCCUCAGUGUGGAAAGAGUUUCUCACACAAACAAAUUCAAUUUCACAUGAAAAUCCACACUGGAGAGAAACCGCACACAUGUGAUCAAUGUGGGAAGAGUUUCACACAAAAAACAGGACUUAAGGAACACAUGAAAAUCCACACUGGAGAGAAACCAUAUACAUGUGAUCAGUGUGGGAAGAGUUUCAGUAAGGCCAACACCUUUAAAUUACAUCUGCGUUAUCAUUCUGGAAAAAGACCAUAUAACUGUGAUCAGUGCGGUAAAGAUUUUUUUAGGACAGAUGCCCUGAAGAACCACCUGAAAGUUCAUACACGGGAGAAGCCUCACAUUUGUUCUUUGUGUGGAAAGAGUUUUACUGAGCUGGCUGCUUUAAAAAAACACCAGAAAAGACACAGUGGUGUGAAGAAUCAUAUGUGCUUUGAUUGUGGGAAUGUCUUUUUUGAUAGUGCUCAACUGAGACGGCACCAGAGAACUCACACUGGAGAAAAACCUUACAAGUGUUCACACUGUGACAAGAGUUUCAGUCAGUCAGAACAUCUGAAAACACACGAGAGGGUCCACACUGGAGAGAAGCCUUUCUCGUGUGAUCAGUGUGGGAAGAGUUUUGCACGAAAAGGACACCUUAAGGGUCACAUGAAAAUUCACACUGGAGAGAAGCCGUAUCACUGCCUCUCACAGAAGAAGUGA